AUGGCGUCCCUGUGCGGCCACCGCGCGGGUGUGUUUGGCUCAGCGGUGAGGGGGGCUCCUCGUGUGGAGCGGGCGCGCCUUGUUAUCAGCGCCUCCUUCAAGAACAAGGAGAACAUCGACCUGGAGAAGGUGCCCGCCUACAAGCAGCACGACUCCGAUUCAGGCAGCACCCAGGUCCAGAUCGCGCGGCUGUCGGCCCGCAUCACCCAGAUCGGCGACCACAUGAAGGCCAACCGCAAGGACUUCUCGUCCAAGCGGGGGCUGGAGGCCGUGCUGAGCCAGCGCAAGCGGCUGCUGCGCUACCUCUACCGGACUGACAGGGCUGCGUAUGACAAGCUCAUCGGCGAGCUGGGCAUCCGCUCCGUCAUCGCGGGCGACAGCCACAAGGCCGCCCAGAGGGUCGCCGCCGCCGCCGCCGCCAAGUAG